UUUUGUACUUCAUUUCUGGAUUGCCCUUUUGUUGUUAUCUUACGAAACGACGAUGGCGAACUUAGCAGAUCAGCUAAGUCGGGGAAUCUCCCGCCAGUUUUCGACCGGGUCGUUAAAACAGAGUUUCAACCGGCAGUUCACGCGGCAGGCAUCACUCGACCCUCGGAAGAAAAACCAAAGGUUCAGCUUCGGACGGCAGUCGUCGCUCGACCCAAUCAGGCGGAGUCCCGUCCAUGAUGAGAUGGCGGUGCCGGAGAACCUUGACACGACCAUGCAGCUGUUGUUCAUGGCGUGUAGAGGGGACGUCAAGGGAGUAGAGGAUUUGUUGAAUGAAGGCGUUGACGUUAAUAGUAUUGAUUUGGAUGGCCGUACUGCUUUGCACAUCGCUUCUUGUGAAGGCCAUGUUGAGGUUGUUAAGCUUCUUCUUGUUAGGAAGGCCAAUAUUGAUGCCCGUGAUCGUUGGGGUAGCACGGCAGCUGCGGAUGCUAAGUAUUAUGGAAAUAUGGAGGUCUACAAUAUUUUGAAGGCCCGUGGGGCUAAAGUUCCUAAAAUCAGGAAUACGCCAAUGACAGUUUCUAAUCCUAAAGAAGUUCCUGAGUACGAACUUAAUCCCUUGGAGCUUCAAGUUCGGAAGUCCGAUGGUAUAACAAAGGGAUCAUAUCAAGUUGCAAAAUGGAAUGGCACGAAGGUUGCUGUAAAGAUACUAGACACGGAUAGCUAUUCAGAUCCUGAGAUCAUAAAUGAUUUCAAGCAUGAGCUAACUUUGCUAGAAAAAGUUCGACAUCCUAAUGUGGUUCAAUUUGUUGGAGCUGUUACACAAAAUUUUCCCAUGAUGAUUGUUUCUGAGUAUCCUUCAAAAGGUGAUUUGGGAAGCUACUUUCAUAAGAAAGGGCGUCUAUCACCAUCCAAAGUGUUAAGAUUUGCUCUUGACGUUGCCAGGGGAAUGAAUUACCUUCAUGAGUGUAAACCAGAGCCAAUUAUUCACUGCAAUUUAAGGACAAAAAACAUUUUGAUGGAUAGUGGAGGUCAUUUGAAGGUAUCUGGAUUCGGUUUGUUGAGAUUGACAAGAAUAGCACCUGACAAGGCAAAAUUAGCACAUCCAAACAAACAUUUUGAUCCGAAAAAUAUAUAUGCGGCACCUGAGCUUUAUAAAAAUUUGGUAUUGGAUCGAAGUGUUGAUUCAUAUUCCUUCGGUGUCAUUCUAUACGAGAUGAUCGAAGGAGUAGUGCCUUUUCAUCCCAAACCUGCUGAAGAGAUUUUGAGAUUGAUGUGUUUGGACAAUAGAAGACCAUCAUUCAAGUCAAAGUCAAAAAGUUAUCCUCCAGACUUAAAAGAGUUAAUUGAAGAAUGUUGGGCUAAAGAACCUGUUGUUAGACCGACGUUUUCAGAGAUCAUUGUACGAUUAGACAAAAUAGUUGCCAACUGCUCAAAACAUGGGCGGUGGAAAGAUGCUUUCAAGCUUCCAUGGAAAUAAGGGGAGGGGAAACAGAAAAUCGGAUGAAGAUUUCGAGGGAAUAUGAUCUCGGAUUUUUUAAACUUCAUCAUAUUAAAUAUUUUAAAGUAUAAAAUCCUGUUGAAAUUAUUAGAAGCAGAAAGGAAGUGAUUUUCAUUCUGUCUGUC